UUCUUCAUUGUUUAUGCGGAAGGAAUGUUCACUUCGAUCUGAAAACAACUGUUCGUCCGACGUUGAUCAAACUUUCAGUGUGACCUUUGAAAAUGAAGGGAUUCGUUACAUUGGUGGUCUUAAUUAUAAGCAGUAUAAUUAUUCCUGCAGUCAGCAUGGUUCAUGUGUUUGUGUACGGCACACUAAAGAAAGGCCAGUCAAACUACCAUGAACUGACAAACACUACACAAGGUCAAGCUGAGUUCAUAACCUGUGCCCGAACCAAAGAUCCAUACCCAAUGGUGAUCGCCACCGAAGACAAAUACCCCUUCCUGCUAAAUGUGCCCGGCUCUGGACAGCAGGUCUACGGUGAGAUCUACAAGGUUGACCAGAAGAUGCUGGAGUUCCUGGACUGGUUUGAGGAAUGUCCUGAGCUCUACCAGCGCACCCUCAUCCAGCUGAAGAUCCUGAAGGGGAAUGGAGAAUAUGAGAAGGCUUUUGUUUACAGCACCUCAACAUUUGAUCCUGAUUGGCUCAACAAACCCACAUUCAAUGUUUAUGAUGCCACCGGUGAUCCUGGAAACAACUGUGUGCCUCGAGAAGACAAGGGAGAUUAUUAACUUCUGGUAGAGCUGGGCGAUGGCGCCCUUUAUAUUUUCAGGUUUCUCAGCUGCAGAAG